GAUGACGUCACGUCCGAACCGAUGGUCAGUAUAUCAACACAACAGCGCGAGGGCGAGCGGAUCACAGCCGCGUUUACCUCAGUUUUACAUCAAACUGCAGAUUACGGUGAACACUGUUUAGGGUUGUGUUCAUAAACAUCACAGGAGCUCAACGCGAAACACGCCCUCAGGCUGAUGCCGGAUCCAGCAUGCUGGGGUUCUGCUGGGUUUCGGGAUGGCUGGUCCUGAUGCUGGGGUUCUGGAGUCCAGUGAGCGGAACCAGUGUGGUCAACCAGAGAGACGCUCAGUUCGACAUGACGUACGACGACAUGGUCACCAGCGACAACCAGACCAUCUACUCCUACAACCACACCGUCUCCAGGAACAAGACCGAGGGCGUGCGAGUGUCCGUGGAGCUGUUGUCGGAGAGCGCGGUUAGUCCGGUUCUGUUCGUGGUCCGGCAGAAACAGGCGGUUCUGUCCUUCCAGGUUCCACUCAUCCUCAGAGGCCUGUAUCAGAGGAAGUACCAGUACACACAGGUGGGCCGCACGCUGUGCCAGCCGCCCACUAAAGCCGUGGCAGAGACUCAGUUCUUCUACGUGGACGUGUCGACGCUCUCCAAUGCCGACAUCCACUAUCAGCUGAGAGUCAGUCGCGUCGACAGCUUCACACUGCAGACAGACAAGAAAUUCAGCUUCAACGCCACGCCGUCCCAGCCACAGUUCUUCAAGUAUGUGUUUCCUGACGGUGUGGACACAGUGAUCGUGAAGGUGAACUCGCAGAAGAACUUCCCCUGCUCCGUCAUGUCCAUACAGGACAUCCUGUGUCCGGUGUUUGAUCUGGAUAAUAAUGUGGCGUUUAUUGGAAUGUAUCAGACUAUGACCACCAGAGCUGCCAUCACAGUGCAGAGGAAGGAUUUCCCCAGCAACAGCUUCUAUGUGGUGGUGGUGGUGAAGACUGAGGACGAGGCGUGUGGAGGACCGCUGCGCUUCUACCCGCUGCUGCCCGACGAGCUGCUAGACCCCGGGAACCGCAGUAAGACUCUGGAUGUGGUAGUUUCUCCUGCCAUUAACUCGGAGGUGUACGUGAUGGGGAUGCUCUUCUGUCUGGGGAUCUUCCUGUCCUUCUACCUGCUCACGUUCCUGGUGGCCUGUGUGGAGAACAAGAGGAUGAGCAGGAGGAGGGAGGGGCUUCUGAACCCUGACGCAUCACCUGCAGAGACCGCAUCUCUCUUGGGAAAGGCUCCUGCGUCCCCGUACGAGUACGGCUCAUUUGCUGAUAAUGCCAGCACAUUGAGCUCUGAAGCUGUUACUGACAGUUUAGCAUCAACCGAUGGGAACUAUGGAUACAUAGGAUCGGAGACUUUUAAGCGACGACUAAUCACAGCGCAUCAUGUAGCCAUCCGCUUCGAUCGUUCUCUGGAGAGCGUCGCUCGGAGUCGUCAUGAGUCGCUGAGUUCAGUGGAAGAGGACGAUUACGACACGCUGGCCGACGUCGACUCCGACAAAAACAUCGUCCGCACUAAGAAGUUCCUGUGCGUCUCUGAUCUCGCUCGAAAAGACAAACGCAUCCUAAGCAAGAAAUACCAGAUCUACUUCUGGAACAUCGCUACGAUCGCAGUGUUUUACGCUCUUCCUGUGAUUCAGCUGGUCAUCACCUAUCAGACGGUUGUAAACGUCACAGGAAACCAAGACAUCUGCUAUUACAACUUCCUGUGUGCACACCCUCUCGGAGCUCUAAGCUCAUUCAACAACAUCCUGAGUAAUCUGGGUUAUGUUCUGCUGGGUCUGCUGUUCCUGCUCAUCGUGCUCCAGCGGGACAUCCUGCACAACCGAGCGCUGGAGAGACACGACACACACGCCCUGGAGUGUGGGAUCCCGAAGCACUUCGGCCUGUAUUACGCUAUGGGCACGGCUCUGAUGAUGGAGGGGCUGCUGAGCGCCUGCUACCACGUGUGUCCCAACUACACCAACUUCCAGUUCGACACGUCGUUCAUGUAUAUGAUCGCUGGACUGUGUAUGUUGAAGCUUUAUCAGAAGAGACACCCGGACAUCAAUGCCAGCGCUUACUCCGCUUACGCGUGCCUGGCUGCGGUUAUAUUCUUCUCUGUGCUGGGGGUGGUGUUCGGUAAGGGUAACACUGUGUUCUGGAUCGUUUUCUCUGUGAUCCACAUCCUGGCCACGAUGCUCCUGAGCACUCAGCUCUACUACAUGGGCCGCUGGAGACUCGACUCUGGGAUCUUGCGCAGGAUAUUGAAUGUGAUCUACACGGACUGUAUUCGUCAGUGCAGUGGACCCAUGUACAUUGACCGGAUGGUUCUGCUGGUGAUGGGAAACAUUGUGAACUGGUCACUGGCGGCGUACGGCCUCAUCAAGCGACCCAACGACUUCGCCUCGUACCUGCUGGCCAUCGGCAUCUGUAACCUUCUGCUGUACUUCGCCUUCUACAUCAUCAUGAAGCUGCGCAGCGGCGAGCGCAUCAAGUGUCUGGCUGUGGUGUGUAUCCUGUUCACUGCGGUGGUUUGGGGCUUCGCUCUGUUCUUCUUCUUUCAGGGUCUCAGUACAUGGCAGAAAACCCCGGCGGAGUCUCGCGAGCACAACCGCGAGUGUAUACUGCUCUCCUUCUUCGAUGACCACGACAUCUGGCACUUCCUGUCAUCCAUCGCCAUGUUCGGAUCCUUCCUGGUUCUGCUCACGAUGGACGACGACCUCGACGCGGUUCAGAGAGACAAAAUCUAUGUCUUCUGAUGGGAUUAGCCAAUCACAGAGCAGCACCAAUGAGAGGCUUCACUGCCUGAACAUCCUGCCAGUCAGAGACUGUGUGGGAGGAGCCUCAUACAGGAACUAAUGCUGAUAGGACAGUGAAUGUGCCAGUCAAACUGCCAGAGCUCCUCCCCUCAUGCUUACGCUUCAGACCUGCCGUUUGUUUCUCUUCGCGUGUGUGUCCGUCCGUGGCCUUCUGUGUGUGUGUGUGGACCGGUGGGUCCGACUGUAAAUCCGAGCCGCUUCACUGAUCUCAUGAUGAUUCGGAGAAAAUCAACUUUGCACUGUCUGAAAAAUUACAGAUCCUCUUUUUACAAUGACCAGCGGAAUGAUUACUGAAUAAAGACUUUUUACUGUUGUUUUCA